UUUAAUUUAACAGAUGUCUACCAUGUUAUUAAUCGAAACAAUUAAAAGAUAAGAGAAGAAGAUAGAUGAUUUGAGAUCUCAAAUUAAACGAAGUGGAAGUGUACAAAAGAGUAACCGAAACACACGUAGUGUUAAAAGUGAAUAUAUUCAAUGCAAAACUUCUAAUAAGGCACCUGUAACACCUGUCUAAAAAAUGAAAGAAAAGGAUUAAACUAUUAAUAUUCUAACUGAGAGACUUAAUUAAGCCUUUUUAGUAGAAAAUGAAGUAAUAUAUCUUAAAAAAUGCAAAGAUGAAACAUAAACUAAAAAAGUAAAAAGUACUGUUUAAGUGUCUUUACAAUGAAUUAUAAAGUGAGGUUCAGAAUUUGAAAAGCGAAAUCCAACGAUUGGCGACACCCUAGAAAUACAAAAAAGUAUUUUACUAUUGA